GUAGUUUGGUGCAGCAUGGAGGAACACGUUUUAGCGAUGCUUGGCGCUAACCUUACGGAGGGGCUGAUGAUGUCGAACGGCAGUUGCUCUCUCGGCAACUCGUCCUCCGGUGUCCUCGGGUGCGUAAACUUGACGAGCCUGUGCCCUCAGUGCUUCCCGUCGGUGUACCAGGAGGAGAGCGUGUCGGUCAUCACCCGGUGGGUGCUGGGCGGGCUGUACCUGGUCAUCAUGCUGGUGUGCGGCGUGGGGAACGCGCUGCUGCUGACCGUCCUGGCGCGGUACAGGGAGGCCAGGACAACCACCAACCUGCUGAUCGGCAACCUGGCCCUGUCCGACUGGCUGGUGGCCGUGUUCCGCCUGCCCUUCGCCUUCGACUACUACGUGGUGAGGAGCAGGUCUUGGCAGUUCGGCGACUUCAUGUGCGGGGCCGUCAACUACCUGAACUCCGUGUCGCUGUACGUGUCCACCCACGCACUGCUGGUCAUCGCUGUCGACAGAUUCAUGGUGGUCAAGCGAUCUGGAACCCUGCGCGUCACCAGACGACGUUUGUUUCCGAUCUUCUCCACGGUCUGGAUCUCGGCUAUCGUGCUCGCCGUCCCCUCCGCCGUGUUCUCCAAGACGGCAGAGUUUCUCAACGGCGACAUCUUCUGCGCAGUCAGCUACCCCAUCUGGCACCGGCCGCUGUACCAAGCGUUCACCCUCUUCCUGUUCGUGGCCGAAUACAUCGCGCCAGUUUGCCUCAUGUGCGCCUGCUACGCCUACAUCGGGUACCGCGUCUGCAACCGCCGCUUCCCGGGCCGCCGCAACCAGUCCCAGGACCGGUCCCGCCAGCGGUCCCGCCGCAAGACGGUCCGGCUGGUCGUUCUGGUCGCGGCGUUCAUCGUGUGCUGGGGGCCGCUGUACUCCUUCUCCAUCAUACGGGACUUUUCCUACGACCUGAUCUCGCACGUGAGCCACAGCACGGCCAUCGUGUACGCACUGGACGGCCUGGCCAUGAGUAACAGCGUCAUCAGCACGGUGGUGUACGUCUUCGCCAACGACAACGUCAUGAAGCAUGUCUACAGCCUGCUGGACAGGGUCAUCCCGGGCAGACUGCUGAAGCGAGCCGGCAGAGGCAAGCCAAGAGGCCAGAACACAACCACAGCCGUCCCGAGGGGCUGCGUCUUUCCUCCUCCGUCUUCAUCCGGCGCUUUUGCACCCAUCAGCUUGCGGGGGAGGCAAUCAAGGAGCACACCAGAAGUACAGUUCAUGACCACCAGCGUGUGAGGGCCGUCGUCCGGACAUAUUACGUCAAAGAGGGUGGCGUAUGGAUAAACUAUGAACAUCUAUGACACUUUACAGCCUUAACGAACCGUUUAAGAUGUCGGGUUGCUGUGCACCUUAUCACAUAGCGUCUGCAUCAUCAGAAGUACAAUUCAUGACUACCGGCGUGUAGGGACCGUUGUCCGGAUAUAUUACGUGAAAGAGGGCGACGUCAACGUAUGGAUAAACUCGUUAUAGCCUAAUGAACCGUUUGACUGAGUUGUCACACCUCAAAACAUAACGUCUGAAUCAUCAGAAAAACAGGCCAUGAAUACCGGCGUGUAGGGGUCGUUGUCCGGACAUACUACGUGAAAAAGGCCCAAGGCGGCGUAUGGAUAAACUGUGAACAUCUAUGACACGUUAUAGCCUCAAUGAAUCACUGAAGUUGUUGUGUUGUUAUGCACCUUUCCACAUAAUGCCUGCUUCACCAGUCAAGGUCAGGUGAAUGUUUUCAACAGUCAUGUUAGUUCUUGACAUCUAUGUCACUUGUUGUUCUCAUAUUUGACUCAGGAUGAAGAGUAGGCACAUGUAUAUGUGCAGGUAAAGCUGUCAGUGCUGUAGUCUAAUUUGGCAAGUAUAGUAGUAGUGUAGUUUUUGCUUUCCGUUUAUUUCCUUCAUUACUUGGAAUGUAAUAUAAUGUGCAACAGAGUUUGAUGUUUAUUCUAUCGAUGUGAAUGUUUAUUGUUUUCAUACAUAUAAUUCUUGAAUGAUUAUGUUACUGUACCGGUCGUGUCUUCUUGCUUUGUUACGUUGAAGUGUUGGCCUGAGUACAUGUAGAUUUAGUUUCUGUAUUGGAUCUGGAUCCAAUGGUUAUUUAAUGUUAAAGUAUUAUAUAGACGUAUGUAUUACUAUUGAGGAAUGAUGUGAUAGUGCUUCACAGGAUUUGGAUGCAUUCAUGUACUUCUAAAGUUGAUUUAUAUUUAAAGUUUUUUUCCUCACAAGUUCAAACUGACAAUACCCAAUAUCUACACACGGUGUCUUGCGCUAUAGUAAAAUCGUAUGUGGAACAGAAGAUUCUGAUUGUCAUUUGAAACUCCUAUCUAUUUUGCACGUGCACACUGAUGUAUAUGUUUUAGACUGUAUGUUCCAGACUGUAUGUGAGACAGCAACAAGAAUAUAUUCAACCGUAAAUGUCAAGUGUUUAUACCGAUCUGCCUUUCUCUGAAGAAGCACUGUGACCGGAGUGAAUUGAUUGCUGUUGGUUG